CGACCAGGCCUGGACUCGGCAGUAAACAGCUGGCGACGCGAUGCGUCAGAGCAAAAUGUCGAACGGGACUGCGCCAAGCUAGUUGCCCCCCUACCUUCUCUCUUUGGCACGGUGCAAGAGCUUUAUAAAAGUGGACAUUCUCGGGCAAGCGUUCGGCGCAUUCGCGGUGAAAAUUCGGCAGCAACGUGAAGCACACAAGUGUCAGUAACAAUAUCUGAACGGGAGAUACAACAAAUAAAGGCAUAAACGAGAAAAUCCGUAGCGAAAGUGGAGUUUCUUUGUUUCGUGCUUCGAUCUCUGCGCAUACGUUCCCGUGCGAGUGGCGCAGCAUUGUUUGUGUGGUCGGUACGUCAUUCUCAGCGUAUACACGGUUCGUCACGAUAUAAAACAAGAUCCUGGCGUCCUGUGUGAUAUCGCGUCGGGUUUUUUCAUCUAUGAACAAGCAUAGAAUACUGUCGUUCGUGUCGUUCUCCGUCCGAGUCUAGACAACGUAACAGAGAUUCAGAGAAAAGAUUGUUAGCCUUUCGUGUACGCGCGAGUGCUUUGUUUUGACGAGCAGCUGAUCCGGGACUACUCGUUUAUCGCGUCGACCAGUCCUCCAUCGCUGCAACGGUGAUUCUAUUCCAACGAUUUUACUCGUGUUCGAUAUUCGUUCGCGUACACAAAAUUAUUGUACGGUGACUGCCUCGUAAACUGUGUUUAAAGAGAUCGUCGAGCCGUAGCAAGAGUGCUUCGUUACAUCACAAAAUCCGGAGGACGCGAUCGACCGAUACUUAGAGGAGCAACAGUACACAACCUAUACAAAAUAAUUUUCUUCGAUGACAGGCGGAUGACCAACAACACAAACAAGAAUUGUUAUUACGUGAUAUUUUAUGGUGAAGUGAUCGACUGUAGGAAACUUUUUCAAGUGUAUCAAUUAAUCUUUCCGUUUUCAAGGGAUUCUACGUUCCCAUUCGUUCUCAUCCCCUCUGGUCGGAACGAAAAUCACUCAGAGCCGUCCUGUAAAUAACGAUCGUGGGUUCAAGCGGACAGUAUAUCUCGGUCUGCCUGUCAUUUACCUAUCCGAUCGUCCGGACCUUUUUAAGAGAUUGUAACAAUAGCUUCCCUCCCAAAGGCUGUGGGAUUUCUUAGUUACCGAUGAUCUCGUGAUAUAUUACUUUUUCAUUUCGCUUCUACUAUUACACCUACUAUUAUUCUUUCGUGAAAUAUUUCAACGAAUCUUCAAAGGAGUGCUUGAAGGCAGCCAGAUCUAACGACACAAUCGCUGUUUUCCUUCGAACCAAUCUUAUACACGUUAUAUAUAUAUAUUAUAUAUAUACACACACAUUAUAUAUAUAUAUACACACUCACACACACGUAUAGUAUCGUAUUGAAUUUCUCGAGCUUUUUCGCUGUUGCUCGUCUUUUCGUUUACGCGCGCGACUCUACGCACGGUAUAUCCAGCUUCUACAUCGAUACUUGUCGAUCACGGCGGAAGAUAACGAGGAAACAACGUACGUACGAAACACUCGACAACGAGACGCGGUGCAAAGCUGGUCGAACGCUAGCUCGAGUUUGCGUGAAUCGACGACGACGACGAACGGAUUGGUGAUCGAUGCGGCAUAAACCCGAGGGGGCCGUACUCGCGAGCGCUGUGAAACGAGGGGUACGGCCCCGAUCGAGCUGACUACAGGAGUCGGCCUGAGGUGACAGCUCCUCUUCGUCGGGCGUCGCGAAUACCGGACGCCAAGAACCACCGAAUGCCAGUGGAGUCUUUUGGGCGGGCUGGCCGUUUCACUCUUGUCGUCGGACUAGAAGAAGCUUGACCGGCCCGAAAAUGCUGUAUAUAUUCCACGUGGACACCGGCACCACCAUCACCUUCGACAUUAAAUUGGCGCUGCAGACUGUCGCCCAACUGAAGGAAGCGAUCGAGAGGGAAUGCGGCGUGGUCUCGGCGCACCAGGUGCUGCUGAUGAGCGGAGGCGAAAGCCUGGAACCAACCGCGCGUGUGUGCUCCUACUCGGCCGGAACCGACACGAAUCCGAUCUAUUUGUUCAGCAAGGCCGCCAUUGAGAGCCACCUUCCACCCACGCCGAGCAUAGAUUACGGUUCCGAUGUCGAUCUUCAAAAUCAGAUCGACGCGUCGCUCGCGAUGCCGGCCACCUACCAGACCCUGAUCGCCCGCGCCCAGUUGGCGCAGCAGUGCUGCGGAUUGGCGCGGGAGCAGACGAGGAUCUGCGAGAGGCUGGUCCACGAUCAGCACCUCCAGCAACAGGGGUGGGCUGCCGUGGUCGCGAAUCUGGAGGACAUCACUCAGAUGUUCCAGUCACGGGCCGACCUCCUGCAGCAGAGCUUCGCCGUUUACUUGUCGGAGAGGCAGCGGCACAUGGAACUACUCGAAAACUUCAACGCGGACCUGGGCACCCUAGCGAAAAUUCCAAUCCUGCCAGCGCUGAGGGCCCAGGCGGAGGGUUUGCUGAGCCCGGACGAGCAACCGAGUCAGCCUGAGAAGGACACGGAGGGUAGGGAGAAGGUUCUGAGCCUGCUCCGGUGGAUCUCGGCGAAAGACAAUCAAAGCAGUUUGGAGCAGGUUGCGGAGCAGUGUUCGAGGGGUCUGGAGCAGUUCGACGAGAGGGUGAUGGAGGCGUUGAAGGCCGAGGUGAACGCGGCCAUAGACAGCGCGAACAAGCAGGACAUGAAGGAGAUCAAGGGGCUUGGCGAGAGGCUGUUCGCUUUGGAGCAGCUGAUGGCGCAGACGAAGAAGCUGGUCCAGGAGCAGGGGGAGCUCGCCCAGGGUUUCCUCCAGAACCAGAGCCGGGCGAACAACUUGGGCGACGCGAGCGUGCUCCCCGACCUGUGCACGUCGCACAGGCGCCAGCUGCUCGUCAUGCUGCAGAACCACAACAAGCUGCGCGACAUCAGGCGUAGGUGCACCAAGGCGAAGGAGGAGCUGUCCGUGAACAUCUAUCACCGGCUCAAGUGGAUCAUGUACGUGGAGAACAAGAUGAUGGAGGUGGACGGCAAGUUGGUCAUGUAUCACGAGAGCCUGAAACGUCUGAGAAGGCACCUCGAGGUGUUGCAGCAGAUCCAUCUCGCGCCCCAGAUGUACAUGAACGCCGUGGCCGAGGUCGUUCGUAGGAGAACGUUCUCGCAAGCUUUCCUGGUCUGGGCGAGCAACCUGGCCUGCCAAUUGCUCACCGUUCACAGCGAGGAAUUGGCACGUAGAAGGGAGUUUCAGAGCAAAUUCGACGGCCACUUCCUCAACACGUUGUUCCCAGGCCUCGAGGACACGCCACCGCCGUUCGCCACCCAGGCGCCGUCCGUUUUCGACAACGGAUUGCCAAAGUUGACGGCCGAGGAUAUGGAAUCUCUGAGAUCUCAGCUACCCGAUCUGGCGCUCACCAUCUCGUCGCCAGAUUUGAACAGCAUCACCCAGUUCUUCCUGUCCAAGAGUCUCACCAGCACGGACGAGAACAACAAGGAGAAGGACGGCGCCUCGAUGCGCGUGGACGCGGCCGCGAAGGAGCAGGAACGGGCCAGGGCGCCGAUGUUGUUCGACAGGGGUGGUUUCGAAUCGGAGACGGACACGGAGGAGUUCGAGAAGAUCGGGCAGGGCGCGACGGACUCUAAACCGGAGUCCUUCGAUGGCGCGAAACAAACGCGUCAGAAGCAAUUGGAGGUUGGUGCCUCGCGAAGCGUCUCCCCCGCUUCCUCGACCUCGACUAACGUAUCCCCGCUUAAUUCGAAAGUCGCGGACCUGACGAACCGGUCAUCCUCCUCGAGCGAGCCUGGAUCCUUCCAUUUUCCCAGUCUGUCCGUGAGCGAGCGUCCGGCUCAGCUGAGCCCGCUAACCGAGUGCGCCGAGAACGGCGAGUCGAGCUGUUUGCUUCACCACCGUGCCACCGUCACCACCAACUGUCUUCCUAAAUAUCACGAGACGCCGUCGAGCACGAUGCCCGCCGAGGAGCCAAACUCCCUAAGUCCGAAUCCUCCCUCCUCCCUGUCACGGUCCGUGAUGUGCGACGGCCAGCAGCAGCAGCAGCAGCAGCAGCAACGCCACCAGCUGUCGGGCAGUGGCGGUAGCAGCCCAUCCGUGGGAGUUGGGGCUACCGACUUCAUGGGUACUGAAUUUUACAUGGACGAGUCCCUGCCGAGCAGCCUCAGCGAGCAUCCCGCGGACGGCCAGCACCAGGCUAUCGUUUCCCUUCUCCAGGAGAAUCUUGGCAACACUCGGGAGGAGGUGGAGAGGCUCCGUUCCAUGAUGAAAGCGAUGAAGGCGGUGGUGCACGAGGCGUUGAGGUCCGUUCGCAAGGAGUUGGCCGUUCUCAGGGAUCGAUCGAGCGAGGGUGCGGCCGGUCUCUCGAAGACGACGGACCAAGUGCGCGAGGCCCUGUCGUUGUACGCGCGCGAGUGCGACCGCCGUCUUCGGGAGCGGGAGCAAGAGUUGACGGUGGACCACGAGCUCGAGAUGGCGGACGUGAAGAAGAUGAUAGAGAAUCGGGAGGAGGAGAUAUGCACGUUGAAGCGGAGCGUGAUCGAGAAGGAGAGCGAGCUGGCGGAGCACGAGCGUUUGAUAUCGACCAUGAGGCAAAAGUUGGAGAGCGAGCAAACGGAGAUGAGGGAUCUGCAAACGCGUCUCCACCAACAGUUGGAGGAGGCUUUGGAGCAGGCGCGGGCCGAGAAAGAGUCGGCGGUGAAGAACGCCAACGACGAGAGAUUCUUGGAGAUAGCGUCGCUCACCAACUCCGUCACGCAAUGCCAGAAACGUAUCCAAGAGUUGGAGAAGAGUUUGGACACGGCGCGCAGCGAUCAGAAGAGGAUGGUGAAGGAGGCGACCGAGAAGCUGCAGAUGGAGUACAAGAGCGAGUUGCAGUCGAUCAGGAGCCGGUUCAAGCUGAUGACAGCUUCCUCUACCAUGGAGAGCAGCCCGAGCGACAGCACCGACAAGAUCGAAAGACCAGACUUCAUCGAGUUGGCCGGCCACGUGUUGAGCACGGCGUCGCAAGACGCAAUGAAGCAGGAGAAGCGGAGCAUCGAGGACGAGCGUACGGACUGCGUGGCGAAAUUGGUGCACGAUCUGCGAUUGGCCACGCAGGUGAUCGAGGAGAAGGACAGAGAGAUGGAGAUGUUCAGGAGAAGGGAGGUAGCGUUGACGGACGAGUGCAAGCGUUACAAGAGCACGAUCAGGCGUUUGACCGAGUCGGAGAAUUUUAAGGGCGAGCCCGGUUUGCACAAGGAGAGCAGCGACGAGCAGCUGGAGAUGAGCCAGAGCAGCUUGGAGGAGGUUGCGAAGAACUUGGAGACGGAGAAGGACUUGGAGGUGGAGGUGUCCGAGUCGAAGAAGGUGCGGUUGGAGGCGAGCGACGACGAGCCGAGCUGCCUCGCGAGACGGCUCGAGAUGCUGGAGAACGAGAACAAGAGGUUGAGCGCCGAGCUGCAAUCGCUCCGCGAGAGCAAAGAGUCGGCCGAGGCGAAGAUAGAGGCCUUGGAGGCGGACAAGGUCCGGCUCGAGAUCGAGCUGGUGAAGGAGCGCCCUAGGAACUUCGCCGCCCCCGACUCCUCGUCCUCGUCCGAGUGCCGCGAGAAGGAUAUGAACGCCUCGGUGGCGGUGGUCUCCGAGUCGAGCGCGCGCAGGGACGCGGCGACCAGCCCCAAGCCGCAGCGCCGAUGCGGCUGCACCACGUGCCUCACCCACGUCCAGAAGAAGAUGCAGAAGACGGCUACGAAGCUCGUCGAGAUGGGCCACAUCACCGCGACCAGCUGCGAUCCCGGGGAUAACGUGUUGAUGUUCUGGGAUCCGACCCACGGCACGUACACGUUGUACCAGGAGUCGACGACACUCUACUUCCUCAACACGGAUUCCUCUUCCGAGUUGGAUCUCGGCUCGAAUCCCGACGAGACGAAGAAUACUCAGAGCAUCGUCGAGGUUGUGGAUAAACAGUACUGUCACGCUAGAAAGUCAGAGAAUCGAUAUCGCGUACGACGCGGUACCAAAUUCUAUCGCGUGGUCGUGAAACCUGUGAGCAACAGUGCAGCUAUGUUGGCGAGCGUUCAGCAAGAAUAGAAUAGGAGGAAAAAGGAUAAGCAGAGAGAGAGAGCGCGAGAGAGAGAGAGCGAGAGAGAGCGAGAGAGAGCGUGUGAGAGAGAGAGAGAGAGAGAGGGGUCCGUCGAUUCUCCGCCAAUUCGAUAAACCCUGUGACCGCGGAUCCGCGUCGCGGGAAACUUGAACACUUGUGGCCUUGCACGUUCAGUUCAUCCGACACGCAAUUCAACCGGCACGGAUCCUUAGCAUACACGAUGUUCGCGAUCAUCCGGAAUUAUUAUUCUCGGAUCAAGGCCAAAACCUGCCAGACCUAUAUAUAUAUACAUAUAUAUAGACGCAUCCUUGAAUCAGUCGAAUCGCCGGAAGAGGAGGGAAAUCCCUCUUUGAGGGAUCGAGAGAAAAAGGUACAGGGAGGGGGCUAUCUCGUUCCAGGAAAGAAUCGAAUCGAAAGAGGAUCAGGGGAGAAAAGGAUGCGCUGGCGUUUCAUUGUGAUAUAAAUAAUAAUUUUUAAAAACGAGCGAAACAUAUUUGCCGAAUGCUGUGGUUAGCUGUGAAGCGUAACGAUGUUUGUAUUUCCGUUUUCGGUUUUCUCUUUUAUUUUUUUCGUUUCAGACGAGACCGAACGUGAGAAUGAGGCAAGAAAGAAAGGGGAGGAAAGAAUGCGCGCGUAUGAGUCUGUGCGUGUGUGUGUGUGUGAGAGAGAGAGAAAGAGAGACGAUAAUGAGGAAAAAAAAAGCAACCGCGAAUACAUAUAUAUAUAUAUAACGUUAUUACGACGAACAAUUAAACUUUCAUCAUAAAUGAUAUUCUUCUCGAUAGGUUGAUCGCGUGCAAGGGAGAAAAAGUUAUUACAGCGUGCAAGAGCGGAAGAGAGAGUUGUUCUUUUUUUUUAUUUUUUGAUUUUCGAUACACGAGAGAGGCGAAAUUUAUUUGUCAUUCGAUUCUAAAACUAUUCGAAGCUAUUAUUACUAUUACGAUUACGAUAAACUACUAUUACUAUUACUAUUACUAUUAUCUUUGCACUUGAGACAAAAUGACGAAAAAAGAAAAAAAGAAACGAAGAAAAAUCGUAGCGCAGUAAGCUUUGGAAGGAAACGGGCGAAAACAAAGGGGGGGAAGGGGGAGGGAAAGAAAGAAGUAAACGAAGAAGUAAAGCGAGAAGUAAAGUAAGGUAUAAACGAAAAUCACGAAUGCUUUGUAUAUGCAAACUAUAAUAUUAUAUAUUAUAUAUGUGAUAUAUAUAAUAUAUAUUAAAUAUAUAAACUCGGUUGUACACGGUUUAUUGGGUAACCGAAAACAUGAUCGGAUACCGAUACGUGCAAUAUUCGUGUACGUAAAGUAUAAACACACGCGCAUACACACACACACACAGUCACACACACGCAUACACAUAGGUCCUAUAUAAGCCGAAGUCUUUAAGAUUUUAUAUAAAACGAAAUAAUCGUGCGUCGUUUCAUUUUUUCGGGGCACGCAUCUUUGACAUAUUAGACAGUUCGUUUAAUUUAGGGGAAAAAGGAAAAAAAAAA